UAGGGGAUGACAAGACCCAAUGCUUCUUCGAUCAGACGGUCACCGACCUCCCUUUCUUCCUCACUCUCGAGCCGACUGAUCGUCCCCUGGCGUCUCGUCGCCACCGCUCCUCUGCACAUUUUGAUGUGAUGGAGACGGGGUACGACUUCAUUCUCGGCACUCCGUGGUCUCGUCGGUUCCGCAGCACCGAGGCCGAUUGGGCGAUCAACACUCUCGUUCUCAAAACGAAGUGUGGACAGACGUAUAACGUACCUUUCAUAGGUACCACUGCGACACCAUGCCCCGAUCCUUCUCCCCCAGAGCCUUCCGUGCCCUCUUCAUCUCCUUCUAUCACUGUCACCUCGCCUCGGCAGUUCGCCCAUUUCAUCCGACAGGACGACGUCACCUUCUUUAUGGUGAACGUGACGGAUCUCUUACACUAUGAUCCACCCUGUCCCGACGCCGAGCUCAUCCCUCUGGAGCCAGCUCCUCCUUCUAUCUUCAUGACUCCCAUCUCUGCUUCCGUCCCUCCGUCGUCCGUCGAGUCCACCCCGCCGUCGCGCGCUGACGCUGACGCUGAGGAACUCGCACGAUAUACGGCUGACCUGGAACCCGCAGUUCGUGACCUCUUUCGAGAGUACCACGACGUUUUCCCAUCGUCGUUCUCGUACGCUGGCAUCCCACCGAUGCGCGACGUCGAGCACUCCAUCCAGCUUGUGCCUGACUAUCGCAACCGCUUCUUUACGAGGAUUGAUCUUCGUAGCGGUUACCAUCAGAUCCGGGUCGCUGCAGCGGACCAGCCGAAGACAGCGUUCCGAUCGCGCUUCGGCCACAACGAGUUUACGGUGAUGCCAUUCGGCCUCAGCAACGCACCCGCUAUAUUUCAGAAGGCGAUAAACGGCAUCUUCAGGGACAUCCUUGAGCAGUACAUUCUCGUCUACCUCGACGAUAUCCUGGUCUACAGUCGUACCCUUGAGGAGCACCUCAGACACCUCCGCGACGUCCUUGAUCGCUUGCGCAGACAUGGCUUCUAUGCCAAGCUGAGCAAGUGCCGCUUUGCCCAGCACAAAGUGAAUUUCUUAGGACACUACGUGUCUGACCAGGGUCUCCACAUGGAUGACGCGAAGAUCACUGCUAUCGCGGAGUGGCCCGUCCCCACAUCCGCCAAGCAGCUUCGCAGCUUCCUAGGCCUUACCAGCUACUAUAGUAAUUUCAUCCAGGGAUACGCUAGGUAUUCCUACGUCCUUACAUCCACCCUCCUCUGGAAGAACCCACCCUGGGCUUGGACACCCCUCCACGAGGACGCCUUCCGCGCCCUCAAAAAGGCGGUGACAUGCGCACCGGUUUUUCACCUACCCGAUUUUGACCGCCCUUUUAUCCUUACCACUGAUGCGUCAGACUUUGCUGUAGGAGCAGUGCUUUUUCGGUUCUUCCCCUCCUCUCCUGAUUCCUCUAAUCCUCGUAUCCCUCGCUUCCCACCACCUACCCCUACCACGGCUUCCCGACUUACGCCUACUCGUCCAGCUACUGACGAGCCUUCUAUUGACUAUUUUCCUACCAUCGCCGAGGACGGCACUGUCGAGUCUCGCUCAGGUGAUUGUCCGAUAGCCUUCUACUCCCGUCAGCUCCUGCCCGCCGAGAUAAACUACACCGCUGAUGAACGUGAGGUUCUCGCAGUAGUUUAUGCCGCUCGGCACUGGCGUCACUACCUGCACGGGGCACCUUUCACGGUGCGCACGGACAACUCUGUUGUCCAGGCUUUUCAGACAAAACCGAAGCUCACUCCUCGACAGGCUCGUUGGUGGCGCGACCUAUCCGAGUUUAGUUUCACCAUUGAGCACAUCAAGGGUGAGACUAAUCGGGUCGCAGAUGCCUUAUCCCGACGCCCUGACCACGACCAAGAGCAGAUCCAUCUCUCUUUUAUCUCGGUCACCACUGUCCACCACUCGGUGAUCGAUAAGUUUCGCACUCAGUACCACCACUGCCCCGACUAUCGCGACACACACGCGACCCUUCGGAGUGGCAAGACCGUCCCGAACUACUCUCUCGGGGACAACGGUCUUGUGUACUGGCACGGUUCACAGGGCACCAGAGAGCCCCGUAUUUGCGUUCCCUUCACUGGACAGCUACGUGUCCGAGCAGUAGAAGAGUUCCAUGACCAGGCAGCCGCCGGUCAUAUGGGCUUCCACAAGACGUUGGCUCGUGUGAGCCGCCUGUACGUCUGGCCGAAGUGCAAGGACUUUGUGAAGGACUACGUCGCAAAGUGUCCCACCUGUCAGGAGGUGAACAGUGCAAACCACCUUCCUUAUGGUUUGCUCCAGCCUCUUCCUAUCCCUCAGGGUCGUUCGCAGUCCAUCUCGAUGGACUUUAUCGGUCCCCUUCGUCCUCCGACCCCUCGCGGUCAUGAUGCUAUCCUGGUCGUCGUCGAUCGCUUCACGAAGCAUGCACGCUUUGUUCCGUGCCGCUAUGCCAUCGAUGCACGUGAGGUCGCCGACAUCGUGUUUGACAGAGUGGUGCGUGACCACGGCUUACCUUUGAGCAUCAUAACUGACUGUGACCCGCCCUUUACCAACCGAUUCUGGCGACGGCUUCACGAGGUGUACGACACACAGUUCCGCUUCUCCUCGUCUUACCAUCCUCAGACUGAUGGUCAGACCAAGAUCACGAACAGGACUCUCGAAGAUAUUCUCCGAAAGAUUGUCCGUGACGAUCAGCAGUGGGAUUUCCAUCUUGCCCAUGCGGAGAUAGCCUACAACCACGCCGUCUCGCCAGCCUCGUCGAUCAUGAAGACCUCACAUGAGCACAUAGUCGCUUCCCAGACCUUCAUGGCAGCACGUGCGAACCAAUUGAGGAUGGAUCACCCAUUCAAAGUCGGUGAUGAUGUGCUUAUCGACGCCCGCCACUUACAGCUCGAAGCGGACACACUUCGCAAGUUUCAGCGUCGCUUAUUUGGCCCAUGCCACAUCCUCAAGGCCGUCGGUUCUCAUACAGCUUCUAGCCCGGUCAGCUUCCGUGUAAAGCAGCCCGACUACCUACAUCAGGCUCGUGUGCACAAUUUCUACCACGUCUCGUUACUGCGUCCUUAUCGCAGACCGUCUGAGCAUUUCGUUGGACGACCAUAUGAGCGCCCUCCACCCAUCAUGGUGGACGGCCACGAGGAGUUCCUCGUUUCAGACAUCAUUGGUYGYCGAGUCACYGACGACAACCCUCCCYACGUCGAGUAUCUCGUACGUUGGAAGGGUUACCCUGAUGAGGAGGCUACCUGGGAGCCCCUCGAGCACUUGCAGCACGCUCGCAUGUUGGUGCGUGCCUACGAGCGUGCUCGUCAUGCUGGGUUCACUGCUCCUCCUCAGCCCACUGACCCUCCUCCUUCUCCCCCGACUAAGGAGACCGCUGAAGUCGAGCUUGCUCCAUCUGAGGCAGACCUUCAGCAGCAGCCGGAUGCUUCUGAGCGUCCACAGCGCACUUGUCGUCGUCCUGCUCGAUACGACGAUUGACUCUGACUUACCUUCCCACGUCUUAGACUUCUCAGUACUCCAUCC